AGUUGAAUAUACACAAUCAUUCAUAGCUGAAUAUAGGGAAUCAUGGAAAAUAUAUGGUUGUUCUCUAAUGGCCGAUGGAUGGACCGAUAGAUCCGGUCGGUCUCUCAUUAACUUUUUGGUAAAUUGUUCAACUGGGACAAUGUUCUUGAAGUCAGUAGAUGCGUCGGGCCAUUCACACACAGGAGAAUAUUUAUUUAACUUACUAGAUAGUGUAGUUGAAGUAAUAGGUGAGGACUACGUUGUACAAGUAAUUACAGAUAACGCAGCCUCGUAUGUAAUGGUCAGUCGUCUUCUUAUAAAGAAGAGGCAACAUUUAUUUUAAACCCCCUGUGCGGCCCAUUGUAUUGAUCUUAUGUUAGAAGAUAUAUGUAGAUUAUUUAUAAAUGUGAUUGCAAGGGCUAGAAGAAUCCCGGUCUUUAUGUACAAACACGCCCUUCUUCUUAGUAGAAUGAGAAAACACAUUAGGGGUAACUUGCUACGUCCAGCAGUCAGCCAUUUCGUUACAGCCUUUUUAACACUACAAAAGCUACAUGUAAAGAAAUCAGAACUUAAAAGCUUUGUAGUGUCGGCCGAUUUUACAAGUGGGCCUUGGUCAAAGAAGGCUGAAGGAAAACGGGUUCAACAAACAAUUCUUUCUCAAAGUUUUUGGACUCAAGUGGUAAAGGUGCUAAAAUCAUCCGAGCCCUUACUCACUGUGUUGCGAUUGGUGGACGGGGAUGAGAAGCCCGCAAUGGGCUACAUAUAUGAUGCGAUGGAGAGGGCAAACAAUAAGAUCAUGAACCAUUUUAACUAUAGAGACUGUGAUUACAGGCCAAUUUUAGAUAUUAUAGAUAGAAGAUGGGGCAGCCAAAUGUCAUCCCCAUUGUAUUCGGCUGCUUACAUCCUUAACCCAGCCUGUUUAUUCACUUCUGCUGAUCCAGCAAAAGCACUAACUAUGCAUAUGGUUGGAUUUAUUGAUGUCUUGGAAAGAAUGAUUCCAGAUAGAGGAGAACAAGACAAGAUCUCAACUUUGCUGGACUUCUACACAAAAAGUGAAGGGAUAUUCUCAAGGGAUAUCGUAAUAAGACAUCGGACAAUGAAAUUACCCACUGAUUGGUGGGCUGCCUAUAGAGUGGACCCGAACAAGAAGGAUCCAGCUCUAAAAAAGCUGGCUAUGAAGAUUCUUGGACUCACGUGUUCUGCCAAUGGUUGAGAGCGCAAUUGGAGCACGUUCGAGGCGAUAAGUUUAGAC